GGCCGGCGGGGCAAGGAUCGGGGGGAGGGGAAGGAAUAUUAGCUGGACUCCAUAUUAACCUCCAUUUCCCUUGUUCUCUAAGGCUGUCUGUGUCACGAGGCGCCGCAUUCACUCCAUUAUUGCAGGUGUAGGGGCGGCAGGUGUUCGUUACAGGGCUUGUACAUAGUGGCGAGUCAUCGAACUGCGACAAGUGACAUUAGGAAUAACACUCAAAUUCACCAUGGCAUCCCCAGAACGGCCAGAACAGUCUCACUCAAGUGAUAAACCAUGUGGAUGGGCGUCACAAGAAUGCCAAGAACAGUCACAGUCGAGUGACAAAGCAUACGACUGCACAGACUGUGGCAAAGUGUUCUCUAAAAACAGUGACCUAAAAAGACAUGUGAUGAUCCACACUGGGGAGAGGCCGUACGUGUGUGAGGUUUGUGGACUUGGCUUCAUAGAAAGAGUAAAACUGACCUUCCACACACGCCACCACACGGGCGAGCGGCCCUUUGAGUGCUCAGAGUGCCACAAAACCUUUAUAAAGAAAAGUGACCUGAAGAAUCACCAAAAGACCCACUUUGGUGAAAAGAACUUCAUCUGCAAUGAGUGUGGAAAGGCGUUUCUUAAGAACAGUGACCUCAAGCGCCAUACCAGACUGCACACUGGUGACCGGCCCUUCGCAUGCAUACUCUGCAGCGCCUGUUUCACCGAGAGCGGCAAGCUGAAAAAACACUUUAUGGUUCACACCGGUGAGAAGCCCGUUGCCUGCAGCCAGUGUGGGAAGCGGUUUGCACAGACUUCAGACCUUCGCCGUCACAACCGAGUUCACACGGGAGAACGUCCCUACGUAUGCGAGGUGUGCCACCAAAACUUCAGUCAGCGGCACAUUUACAAAGACCACAUGAAGCACCACGGAGUUCCACCAGGGCCGCCCAUGCCCAGAAAUUACAGCAGAGUACAGUUGCCUGUGCAGCCACCCAUGACCUUGCCAGAUGUCAACCUGAUGGCAAAUGCCAGCAACCCUUCCAGUGGUGGCAGCAGGGCAAACACUAGACAGAGUGUACGAGCGGGUGGCAGCAAGAGCAGUGACUCGGGAGACUCCUCAUCCUUCCUGCAGGUGGAUGUGUGUGUGAAGGACGAGGUGCUGCACCUCGGUGAUGACUGCCAGACGUGCCCUCCUGACCUGACCUCAUGAACCCUUUUGCUUUUUUUAUGAUUCCAGCAGCAGUUUCCUUUUGCAAGCCUUCACAUUUGUACACUCUUAACUUUUUCUGAAUGAACACGUUCAAAUUGUAGCCUUGAACUUACAAAUCCUAUUAUUAUAGAAGAAGGGACAUUUUCCAGUUGUAAAUUCCAUGGUGUGUGAAGCUAAGUUAGUCACAGUAGUCAUGGAUAUCAGAGAGGAAGGGUCGGGCAUUAGCUAAGAAAUUGUGAUCUCUGUCUGGCAUUAUUGGGCUGGAUUGACAAGAUGAGUUGGGUGAGGAUGCUUGGAGGAAUGAGCCCAGCCUGUAGAUUUCAAAGGCUGGAGCAAAAGCAAAGUAGAGUCCUGUGCUGGAAUACACAACCUUAAUGGUAGUCUACCUAAACCCUUGUAUGUGCUCAUCCUCCCAAUGAGGACAGCAAAUGUUAAAACAAACAGAAGUACUAAAGUACUAAAAUGUCUUUGUUCAUUGAUGAGCAAAUAUAGAAUAAUCAUAAUGAAUAUUAAUUUGAAUGAACAGUUCCCAACCACCCCAAACCAGCUAUUCUUGUGGACAAGUGUUAAUUAAGAAUCCUUCACUUGCAAUGGGUCCAGCAAUAUCUUUGACUAGUGUGACCAUGUCUUUGCUGUGGUAUGUGUAUAGAUCACAUAAGGUAAUAGUAUGGCUUGCUUAAUGAAGGACCAUAAUUGUUAUUUUACUGAAAUACAAAUGUGCUUUAAGUGUGUGAAUGAGUGUGUGUGUGUGUGUGUAAUUCACCUCUUGGUGUGCCGCGGGUCUCUCUUGAGACAGCCAGCCGUUCCCCUACGGAAGGAGCUCAAAGCUCUGUGACUGAUCUUUGGGGAGGACUGUGUGUGUGUGUGUGUGUGUGUGUUUACUUGGUUGUGGUAUAUAUGAAAUGAGCUACACUUGUGGAGUCUCAUCUGUGUCUUAAACAGUCAAACUUUUCUUUAAAUUUAUAUAUGGUUUUGACUGGGUAAUCAUGUCACCUCUCCCUUUCUUCCAGUGGUGGAAGCCCAAACUUUUCCAAUCUUUCUUUGCACUAUAGAUCUGUUAGAAUAGGGAUCAUCUUGGUUGCAGCUCUUUGUAAUCUAAUAUGAUUUUUCUUAUGUGGGGACCAUACUACUGAUGCAUAUUCCAACAUGGGGCAAAUCAAAGUCUAUUAAUUUUUUCAUCUUUUCCCUGUUGUGAAAUGCCAGCAGUUUGUAGGUCUCCCAAGUUUUAUUUAUGUUCUUUUUGGGUGACACAUGACCCUGGACCAACAUUCCCAAGUUCUUUUCCUGUUUUACUUUUGUGCUGAAAAGCAUCUGUCCAGAAACUACAAUGACAAAUUGUCAUUGUUGAUUUGAUAUGUUGGGGCUUCCACACGUUUCCUUGCGUAUCUAUAUACUAUUCAAGUUGACUCUUCAUUUUGUCUUCCAUCUGUCAGUUUAUUUUUCCUCUUGAUUUACUUUAUUUAAUUUUUGGCUUUUUUGUUAUCCCUUUUUAGGUUUGGUGCCUCCUUUUCCUUCUUGGUACAGAUGAAGGUUAUAACCUUUUGUUGGACUGUCAAGUUAGUUAAGUCUCGGGCCUGCUCCGUUGAGCGAGUUUGUAACUCUUAGCAAUAGCCCAUAAAGUACCUUGUCUAUCCUGGUAAUUUCUCUCCACAUCUGUUGCUUCUGAUAAACUUGCAUAGUUUGUUAGUGGUAAAUUCUUCAAAAUUUGUUCAGUCAGUCAGGCAUAGCAACAGGUCAUCUCUUAGUUCAACUACCACAACACAGUAUUUGAUGCACUUUGAUAGGCUUUCAUUUAUUAUCACCAGUAAAGGACAGGACCCCACUUUCAUACCUGACUACACGUUCACUAUCACAAUAGGUUGGUGCCCUCUACACCGGUGUUCAGUGGUUUUCUGACAGCAGUGACGUUGAAUUAGUCACUGUUCACCACCAUGCGUGUGUGUGUGUGUGUAUAUUCUCACUUAAUAGUGGUUUUACAUGAUUGAGUCAAGCUCAUUGUGUCGUAUUCUAAUUAUUUGAUUAUAGAUGUGUUUGUGUGUGUGUGUAUGCAUGUGCACAUGUGUGUUGUGUCCAGAUUUAAGUAAGAGAUUUUAUUUAUAUGAUUACUUGAUGACGAUUACCUCCCUGACAAACAAACCUAACAAAAUCCAGAAUGGUGAAAUGAUCCACACUUAUUUAUGUAUACUAUUGAAUUUAUGAGGGAAUCUAUCCAUGGUGCAAUUGUGUUUGUAUGUUUGUUUGUGUGUGUGUGGGUGGGUCUGUGAAGUGUUGUGUGAGGUAUAUAGAGAAAGCUUUCACAUUGCUUAUGCCUGUAAGGUCCAAACUGUCAUUCCCUGGGUUGCUGGGUUACUGAAACAAAAUGAUGUUUCUGCAAGGUAACUUUUGGAUUAAGAUAUUAUUGCAGAAUGAUCUCUAGUAUGUUAAGAGUUUGUGAUGUAGUUUCACUCACCAGCUGAAUGUGCUUACACAAGUUUCUUUACAAAAUGCUCUGCACAUAAACAGUAGCAGGUUGAUCUUCGGUUGCAAUGUAUUAAAAUAUGCAGUCAUGAAUUUGUUAAUCCUUGUGAAAAUGAGUACUUUAAAAAAUAUAAAAAAAUAUACAUAACUGAAGUAGCAGCUAACUAUCAACUUCUGUUAAUAAUAAUUAAUAGCAAUUUAUAUCCAAGGUCUUAUAAAAAAGUAUUCUCUGUUCCUUUGGAAUAAAUAAAUGCACCCCCAAAA